UCUUCACGUCGCUGUUGGGCGACUGCUCUCCUCAUCACUGUCAGUUGUUUGCCAUCAGUUAUCGUCGGCUACCAAGACUACCAGAAUUCUAUCAAUCAACAUGCCACUAAAUCUGAACAUGCCCCUAUCUUACAGAUCUCUUCCCGAGAAGGUUAUGUGCCAGAGACAGCAGUGGUCGGCACAACCGUCCGGGUGUCACCUAAUCCUCAAGCGGAAUCAUUGCAGAUAUUAGUCAGUGACGAGGAUUUGAUACAAGCACGAGAGGUGGACACAGUACCGAUUCGGAGUAGCGAGCCGGUGACGAUCACCAUUCAUGUCAUCGACGUCAACGACAAUCCACCGCAAUUCGAGCAGCCAAUCUAUACCGUCAACGUGUCCACGUUUGGUGAUGAAAGGCCGGUGGUAAAGGUAUUGGCGACAGAUCCUGACUCGGGCGCCUUUGGGCAAAUCUCUUACAGGAUCCUGCAGGUGACAAAUGGAGCUGAAGGGCGGUUUCGCUACGACGACCCUACCAACACUCUGUACGUCAAUGGCGACCUCACACCUGGCGAGCGAUAUCAGGUAGUCAUCGAGGCCACCGACGGUGGAGGCAAGUCAUCGCAGGCGAUAGUGGUCGUUUUGGCCACUCAUUCUGUAUUCAGUCUUGGCAAGCUUGGCUCCAUUGCCAGGAAUGGAGACGUUCGUGCCCAAUCCUGCUGCAUAUCUCACUACUCCAACAGUGGCUACGAGUGC